UUUCUCAAUCCAAAAAUUGAUGUCCGCUUUCAAAACAAAAACGCGUGUUUACCGCAGGCACAUUUGAUUCUCGCCAUCAGAAAGUUUAAGUGAUUUUAAGUGGUAAAAAUGUAUCUCAUGUACUAUUUAAAUGAGAAAGGUGAACGCGUCUAUACGCUUAAGAAACAAGGCCCGUACGAUCUUCCAACACAAUCCGCACAUCCGGCCAGGUUUUCUCCUGAAGACAAAUAUUCCCGCCAGCGUAUCAUCAUCAAAAAGCGUUUCGGUUUGUUGAUAACGCAAACACCGGAACCAGUUUACUAGUUUUCGAUUUGCCUGAUUAGCUUGUAAGAACCACUUGCAAAUACAGUAUGUAAUGGUA